AUGAGGAUAAAAAUCGCAGACGUCAGCUCAUCUUCUGUAAGAUCAAUUGCGAAGCAAAUUGGUGGAUUAUGCUUCGCUCACUCGUCGAACUACACUAAAGAGUACCAACGUCGUGUCUACCGAGUGGAUAUCGCCUACCAAGUUGGUCAGGUUGACAAACGAGCUUUCCUGGUACUCCAAGUUGGACCACCUUGUAUCCGGAUUCGCAUUGAUCCUGUGGGUCGUCGUAAACGUCGUGUUGCUGAAUCCUGUUGCCUGCAGGAGAUGAGUGAAAUGGUAGUUGGAGGAGUUUUGCUCAAGGGUUUGUAUGAGGAAUUGGUCAUCUUCAGUGGGACUCGAAGGGUUACGGUAGACCACGCCGAGAAGGAGAAAUUCGGACCCGCGCAGCGGGAUUUCGACCCACAGUGCAUCGCAGAUGGGGGCAGGGGUGGUGUCAGAGAGGACAAUCGGGAUGGUAGGGCCGUGCUUCCUCCGAGGCAGACCAUGUUUUCUUACGUGGUUACUCAACUCCCGACCGAGGUUGCCGCGGAGGUUAUUGACCUGAUUGAUCCUAUGCCGGUAUUAAAUCUCUACACCACACUAAAAGCAGCAGUUAUAAACGAACAAUCACUUCGGACGAAGCGAAUCUGCAGAAAUUGCUUGCAGGGUCGAACUGGGCAAUCGCACACCUUCGCAACUGCUACGGCACAUGCAAAGCCUUGCAUGCGGGAAGUCUUUUGA